AUGCUGGAUGGUGAUGGAGCCGAAGGGAUUGGGGCGGCGCCUCUGGGUGUGUUGCGACGCGGUGGGAGGAAUGCGGAGAUGGCGGGACUGGCCGGAAGUUUCCGAGGUGGCAGCGGAAGGGAGGCGGCCUGUUUCGCCGGAGGUGUGGCCUUAUGGGUUUGUGACUCACGGGUGCUGAGCCGCGCGGGAGGCUGUGUGCGGGUGGCUGAGUGGCGGGCGCCGCGGUGUGGUGUGGUGCAGCACUGCAGCGGGGUUCAGUCCCUGGUCGUGUCGGCCACCGGGGAGCACCUUUUCACGGCCUCCAGGGACUCGACGGUGAAGAGGUGGAAUGUGUCAGAGGGACAGAAGCCCAGAUUUGAGGCCAGUUUUGAUGGUCACUGCGAGUGGGUCAAUGAUGUAGUAUUGGUGCAAGACAACAUCCUGGUGACUGGGGCAUCGGACAAAACGUUGCGAGUGUGGGAUGCUUACUCAUCAGGUCAACAGAUGCUGUCCUCGCAGUGUCACACUGACUAUGUAAUAUCCCUUGCUGCUGCCCCCUCAGAGGGACUGGUGGCAUCAGCAGGUCUCAGGGCGGAAGUGUGUGUGUGGGACUUGAAGCAAAGCCCUGAGAUGAUGACGAGUGUGAAGCUGUUCCCACAUGACACAAACAAAGAAAAGGGGAGCAUGUAUGCAGUUGCGCUGAGUGCAACAGGCAAGCUCGUUGCUGCAGGCUCAUCGGACGACAUCACUCGGAUUUUUGACGUGCGGGAAGGCAAGAAGGUCAUGAAGCUCAAGGGCCACACUGGCAACAUCCGUGCCCUUCUCAUUAAUGCAGAAGGCACAAGGCUUCUGUCUGGGUCAUCGGACCACACGUUCAAGUUGUGGGAUCUGGGCCUUCAGAGAUGUGUGCAGACAUGCAGUGUGCACACGGACUCUGUGUGGUCCCUGCUUGCCUCCGAGAACUUCAAUGUGGUGCUGAGUGGUGGAAGGGACAAAUGCGUCUACAGGACAAACAUGUUGAAUCGCACGAGCGAGCUGCUCUUUACCGAAGAGUACCCAAUCACCAAAAUGGCUGCCAGCCCCAGUGGCGGUUCCAUCUGGGUUGCUUCAGCAAGCUCCAGUGUCAACAAGUGGGACAUUCCUGUGAAGUUGCCCACUGACUCAUCACUGUGGAAUGCUGCUGAUGGGAACAAAGCUGUGCCAGGCAGGCCACAUCUUUUCACUUCGUCUCUUCGGCGUCCAUCUGAGGCAAACAAAGUCUUGGAGCCUUUGCAGUGCAGACCCGCUGCCACAUUAAGCGGCAUUCCAGCCAUCGUUGAUCGCGCCGUUCUGAGGGACCAGCGUCACAUGCUCCUAAAGGACCAGAAGGGGGAGGUGACGAUUCUGGACGUCACGUCAGGCAGGAUUGUAAGAAAUUUCGGAGUGGUGGAUUUCAAGGCAAAGGAGGUCGAACUCUUUGAGCCAAACUGUGUGCCAAAGUGGUUCGACCAUGACAACAGGCUGGGGAUGGUCACAGUGACGUUAGAGACUCCAAAGUGCUUUGCUGCUGAAGUCUAUGCAAGGGAUUUUGGAGCGGAUGCACCAGAAGACAGGCGGAUGAACUACGGUGAUGGAAUGCUGAGGAGUGUGCUCGCUCCAUGGGCUUUCCACAGGAACCCCAAAUAUCUAGAGCGAGCACCAGAGGAAUUGGAUUUGUGGGGCAAGGGUUGGGUAGAUGGGGAGGGGAAGACGGUGCAGAGUUUCAGGUUUUGGGAACGGUCGAAACCACUAGUGUGGGUGUCUUCAACCAACACUGAGGGUGAGCCUUGGAAAGCUUCCAUUCACGAUCUCCCGAAGAAGGUCAACGAUCGAGAAGAUAUACCUGAGUGGGUUGCAGAGUGCGUCUUGAGGCUGCGGAUACCCAUGCAGAAAAGCUGGAAGUGUUCCUUCCACCUUCUCCCUCUUGAUGAUUCCUUGCCACCUUUGAACCAGAGUCGGCUAACAGCGCCACGUAUCCUGCAGAUCAGAAAGGUGUCCCAGUACCUGAAGCAGAAGCUCCUCGAGUUGAAUCCCCCUGUCAACGUUGAAAUCCCUCCUGUUGACUAUUGUGACGUGAGUAACGAUCCAUACUACACCGAGAAAAGAGACAACGACGAGCCCUUCCAGGAGGUGACGCUGAUGUGCAAGGGCUAUACUUUGCCGUUCUCAAUGAGCGUUGGCUCUGUCAUUGAGUACGUCUGGAGGGAGCCGGACGAAGACCUGGACAUAAUGUAUUGCGUGAGGAGAGAGUCCAUUCGGCUGCCAGAAAUUGCUCCCCAGGUUUCGUGA